AUGUCCUUGGUACUUGUCAAUGUAAGGGUAGCAAGUAGUGCCAAGCAAGACUGGUCAAUUGAUAAUGAGGCGGUAGGGCCGAAGACGCAUGGUACUGGUGAGCAACGGCGUCAGCGCGCCGAGGAGGGGGUGGGGCAAGUGUGCGGAGGGCUUGAUUCAAUGGGGUAUGAAGCCGCGGCCACGACGCUUGAGCAGGGCAAAUCUGACGGUGGUGUCGACGGCGCAGGCAGGCAGACAGGCUGUGUGGAGUAUUGCUUUGCCGCAUGGCGGCAGUUGAUUAUCUCCCGCUUCAUCGUACGCAGACAAGCAUUUCAACAUGUUAUUAGUUCGAAUGCGAGUGCAGGACGCCAGAUCUGCAUCGAGCAAUGGGAUUGA